AAAAGCACAACUAAAAAUAAUAAUUUUUAGUUGUUCAAGUUGAGAAGGUAGAGGAGGGGGGGGGGGGGCUGGUGGUAGCCGUUGGCGCGAUGUGGGCUGUGACCGGUGCUGCCUUCUCCGGGGUCGUCGCCGCACGCUUCCCGCGUCUCCUCAUCCGGGAUGGCUACCGUUGCCGAGCCGAAGCCUCCUCCGAUCCCCACCCCAACCGGAAGAAGGUGGUCGUCGUCGGCGCCGGCUGGGCCGGCCUCGCUUCCGCUCACCACCUCUCCAAGCAGGGUUUUGAUGUUACCCUCCUUGAAGCUGGCAGUGGCCCUGCUGAGGAAGUCGGAGUGAGAGGAUUUUGGUAUCCUUAUCGAAAUAUAUUUUCUUUGGCUGAUGAGCUUGGCAUCCAGCCAUUCACCAAGUGGACCAGAUCAGCAUAUUACUCCCCAGAGGGCAUGGAGGCUGAAUUUCCUAUAUUUCAAGAUAUGCCUCGAUUACCAACUCCUUUUGGAGCCCUUGUAUACCCCCAAUUUUUUCAGCUUCCUUUGGUGGAUCGGUUGACAUCAGUUCCUCUUAUGGUUGCAGUCAUUGACUUUGACAACACUGAUGCUGCCUGGAGAAAAUAUGAUUCAAUGACUGCAAGGGAACUUUUUAAACAAUAUGGUUGCUCAGCAAGUCUCUACCAAAAGGCUUUUGAACCCCUACUUCAGGUUGGCCUAUUUGGUCCAGCAGAACAAUGCAGUGCUGCUGCAACCUUGGGAAUGCUGUACUAUUACAUACUGUCCCAUCAGCAAAACUUUGAUGUUGUUUGGUGUCGUGGUAAAGUUGAGGAAAAAAUUUUUUUGCCAUGGCUGGAGUCAAUGAAAGUAAAUGGCUUAAAAUUUCAUGACAACAAAAUGGUGACAGAUUUUAUGGUAAAUGAGGAUACUGGAUGCAUUUCAGGAGUUGUAUGUGGGCAGGAGAUUUAUGAGGCCGAUGCAUUUAUUCUGGCUGUAGGAGUUUCUACUCUUCAGUCCACCGUAAUCAGCAGUUCUGCACUACAAUCACGGCAGGAGUUUCUGAAUGUUCUUAGCCUGGAUACAAUUGAUGUACUCUCCGUUAAACUAUGGUUUGAUAGGAAGGUUGAGAUUCCAAAGGAAGCCAAUGUUUGCUUUGGUUUUGAUGAUUCAACUGGAUGGACUUUCUUCGUCUUGAACUCAAUUUAUGAUGAAUAUAAAGAAGAACCAGCAACAGUGUUGGAGGCUGAGUUUUAUAAUGCCACUCGGGUUUUGCUUCUAAGUGAUGAGCAGAUUGUUGCGAAAGUGGUGUCAUACCUUUCGAUAUGCAUAAAAGAAUUUCAAGAAGCCAUAGUACUGCAGCAUACUGUUGUCAGAUUCCCCAAAUCCGCAACUCAUUUUUUUCCAGGUUCUUAUAAGUACAUGUUGCGGGGUUCAACUACCUUUCCAAAUUUGUUUAUGGCCGGCAAUUGGAUAGUCACUCGACAUGGGUCCUGGUCACAGGAGAAAGCAUAUGUGACAGGACUGGAAGCUGCUAACAGGGUGAUAGACUACCUUGGUGAGGGUGAUUUUGCCAAAAUAAUUGCUGUGGAGGAAGAUGAGCCUCAUAUUGAAACACUGCGCAGUCUUAACAGAAGAGUCACUGAGCUAAAGGCUCAAAUCCCCUUCUCUGACUUUUUUUCUCUAGAAGAACCCAUAAUAUUUUAUCAGCACAAGAUCAUAUGUAUGUUAAGAAAUACAUAAAAAAAUGAUAAUAUAAUGAUUUACAUAUAAAUUAAUUUACAUUGGGUAUUUGCCCUUGUUUA